GUGGCCCCCCUUUCCUUUUCCCUGCCCUGAGAUGUCGGAGGAAAUGAGACAGAGGAAGUUGGCUGUGGCCAAGGAUAAGGUAUAGCAUGUUGGGUCGCAGGCUCUCUCUACCUCUCCCCCAGACCUCCUCCAGAUCCUCCUCUCUGCAUGCACCUCAGAGCCGGUGCCUGGACCUGGCAGUAGCCCGCUACUCCAGCUAUGUGGAAAACAAACAUCAAAGGAGCAAGAUCCAGGAACUGCAGGAGAGUAGGUAUCAGCAGGUGAACUCCCUGCAGGAACAACUGCAGGCUCAGAUUUGGACCACUGAUGUUUUAAUGUUCAAAAAGGCACAGUUAGAGAGAGCCCUGGACAGUGCUGACCAUGGGAUCUGGCAGAAAGCAGGGCAGUGUGAACAUCUGGUGAGCUGCCUGUGCUCACUUGAGUGCAGAUAAAAGAGCUGCAGUGGAGUCUGACCACUGUCUCUGCACAACAGAAGGAGGCGGAGAGGUUCUACCAUGACCUGAAGAAAGAGCAAGAUGCUCUCCACCUGCACUUGGAGGACAAC